GUCAUCGUUCUGAGGUUCGGAAAAAAAACAAGAAUCAAGGCCAUUUGGCACUUGUAAAUUAUUACUGAAAAAUAUCGCCCAAUAUACUUUCUAGCUUAGAAAGCGUGUCAUAAUUUGUGAUACUAGUAAAGUGCUUGAGUGCUUAAUAGUUUAGAUAGUUUGCUAUGUGUGCUUGAGAGCUGUUUUGCGCUUUUUUCUUUCAAUUUAUUUUUCCUGCAGAGAGAGAGAGAGAGAGAAAGCGAGAGUUUAUUUCUUCAAUACCAACUUCCGUCAUGACUACGGAGCCUCACGGAACCGUCAUGACAGUAACUAUGCAUAGAGUAGAAGAAGCUGCUACUAAUCAGGUGCCUGGUGAUAAGCUAACAUCUGUACAAACUUGUACAAAUACCGUGACUGAGUCAUCAAAUACUUUAGAACACGAAGAAGGGGAAAUCGACGAUGAAGAAGAGGACAGAAAUGGCCUUGAAUAUGAGGACAUUAGCUCGGAUGAAGAGUUCACUAUCCGGGAACGUAUUGCACAACUGGAGGCAAUGGACAGUGAGCUGGGACGGCUCACUGUGAAGCAUAAUGCUAGCUUCAAGUCCUCGACGGCAGUGGACGAUGAGGCAAAGGAAAAUUAUGAAUGUGUUUCGGAUGACGAAGACAUCGAAAUGUACCUGAACCGAUUUGAGCCUGUGCCUAAACCCAAACUGCUACCGCCGCGGCGGAGGACGACAUCAAAAAUGCUUCGACCUUCACGCCGUAGAACUGGAACACGACGAAAUGUAGGGUCUUCCAGUAGCGCUAGGAGACAUACCGAAAAGUCAGCUAGACACAAAGAGCAGCAAGAUAGAAGCCGCCACAGUCAUAGUGGCCUUCGUAAGGUAUCCUCGAUGAGCUCCGUCAUUCAUCGGCGGCACAAGAGGCGAAAAACGCACGCUAGCAAUAGUGUUCCAGUGGUUAAUAUUGGUAUUUCAAGCUCGGAUACAUCCGAGACAGAAUUUCCAUUAGAUCGUGCUAGACUGCAGGCGGCUUGCAACAUCAGUAGUAAUCGAAAACGGAAGACUGAUAAAGAAAAUUGGGAUGCACUUAAACGAAAACUUAAGGGGCAAAUUCAGAAGCGUAGAAAAGAACAAGCAGUGAAACAUAUCGUAAACGAACCAGUGGUGUUGGAUGUUGAUGAAUAUGGCGAGGCAGAAGAGGAGGAGGAUGAGGAAGUUUUACAACUCAGAUUACAGGCCCUCAAAACUAAAGCGGAACUCAAGGAACCUGAUGUUAUAAGUUUACUAGAGGAUCCAAUUUCGCCAAAUAAAAUUGCUGAAGAGCAGGAACUGCGAUUGCUCGCAUUGCGCUCGACUUUCACUAAAAAGCAUCAAAUGAGACUGAAAAAAAGACAAGAAGAAAGGCCGUACUCUCCAAGUGACGAUAUUCCAUUAUUACUUUCUCCUACGAGUGAUUUUCCUACCCCACCGGAGCCGGAAAUAACUAAUAUCGAUGAUGAUAUUCAAAUAAUUGAAAUAAGGCCAGAAACUGUAGAGAUAUCAGACAGUUCUUCAUCUGAUGACGAUAGCAAUCGGAUGGAAAUUAGUCCAACAGAGAGUCUUCAAUGUCCAGAAUCUUUAGAAGAACAGUCGAGGGAUCCUGUUCCUGAAAAUGUGGAAUACUCGAAAAGCGAAGAGUUAGAUGCUCCUGUUCCGACUGUUGAUGAAGAUCAGCCGGCGAUGAUUGAAGACACUUCUAUACCGGAGCCACCACCGCCACCGAUUAUUGGAAAUUUACAUAAAACAACUGCAGAUGAAGAAGACGAAGAACUCCUUCGCAAUCAAUUGUUAUCCAAUCUGAAGCCCACCGCGGUUAUCUCGGAGAGUCGACCCAUGACACCCGACUCUAUGGCUGAAGAAGAGGCAGAGGCCCUUAGAGCAUUGAUACUUUCGAAAAUGAACAAGAAAGCUUCUGUUCGUAAUAGGGAACAAACCCAAACACCUCCCCAGGCUUCGGAUAUGUCUAAUCAAUUUCAUUCGGGUACUUGCCAAAGUUCACCAGCUCUGAUAGUUCCUUCGCCGGUAGACAUGGCCAGCACAACCGCAAAUCCUAUCGUUACAGCAUCCAAUACAAAUCCGCCACGCCUUUCGACAAAUCCCAACCUAAUUACACUGAUAGACAAACGAAAGAUCGCUCGUAAGAAGCGCAAAAAAUCAGAGACCGCGCUGCAAAAUCGUGCCGCCAAAAAGGCAGCUUUAGCUUUAAAUGCGCCGCUAAUAGCGAUAGCCGCUCCACCACCAGCACGGACACUAAUCAAAGCACCUGUAGUACAACAGCCUCCACUUCCUCCUCUCUCGGUUGCACUUCCUGCCACUGCCACCACCAAACUGGUGAACAAUCCAAACAAAUUAAUCAAUAUAAAUACUCCACUGGUAAUAUCCACUCUUUCGCCAAGAGAACGCUCUGCACCCGUCGAAACAUUUUUCCAAAAGCCCGUCCGCAAAUUGAUUAUUCAGGUAGGUAAUUCCGAUUCGGACUCUGAUCCGGACUAUUAUCCGCCAGCGGAUGAUUCCAUACAGGAGGAACCGCAGGAGGUAAAUCGUUUGCGUGAAUCGUUUCUGCGUGAUCUCGACAACGCUAGUCCUUCACGGGUAAUGUUAGAAAGCCCAACAUAUUCCCCGGUAGCACCGACCGUCUCUAGCGGAGGCGUCGAAGAUGAGGGACUUGAAAAUGAGCCGUUGACGUCGGAAACGACACCGGCUCAAAAGAAUCCCGAAGCAGACAGCAAUCAAGUGCCUUUUGAACAGCGGUUGGAUCAUUUCCUGAGAUCCGUUCGGAGUAAAAUCGAUCAAAGUCAGGCCACCUUGAAUGGGGCAGCUACGGAUCGACCGGCACAGCGCAGCACGAGUGCCAACGUCACUCCGUCGACGGUUGGUAGUGGUCCACAUGGUUUGGGCGCGGCCAGUAAGCCAGUCAAGCAAGCGGUUUCCGCACCGGUUCCCGUUACACCCUUGGCUGUUCGUCAUCUGCCAAAGUCGGCACAGUUGGAGUACAAACGGCUAGUAGCUCGAAUGGCACAAUUGGAAAAACAAAAGCAGAUAAGAAUAAAUGCCUUCAAUCAGAGGGAUGCACACAGAACGGCGACUCUGACGAAAACUAUUAUCAAUUCUGGUGCGAUGGACGCAGGUGGCGCAGAAAAAAAUCAUGAGCUGGUUGUAACCAUCAACCGCGAUGGACGAGAUGUGCAAGACAAAACUAAUCAAGUGCCGGUCCCAGCCAAAAACCAGCCGCUCACCAAACGAGACUCUGAUACACUGUUCAAGCGGGUUCUGAUUAAUAAUACGGUCAUUGCGGAGAGUAGUAGAAGUAACACCCAGCCUACCGUCGAAAACCAAAACACCUCAACCGAAGAAACCAAAGAACAAUCUAGUGUGGCUAGUACAAGCCCGCCAAUAGAUGAGAGUAAUGACAGUAUACCUACUAAAAACGUGCCUACGAGUCCCAAGCGUAAGGUUGGAUCAGUACAAACUGACCAUGAGAUAAGCAGUCUUCGAGAAGAAUUGCAUCGAUUAUCGACAGCCAAUGGCAACAAGCAAAAGGUGCUUGCGAUCGCCGAAUAUCGUUUUGCGAAGCAUAGUCAAAGAUUUCACAAAGAACUACGGGAUCUUAUUGCGACGGUGGAAAAUGCCCAGCAUGAAAGGCAAAAGCAAUAUGAUCUGGAGAAUAAGGUGGCUUUCCUUAAAGAAAAGCUGACGGUUCUCGAACGCGCCCUAGCGCUACACAAAGGCCGUAUUGAGCUGAUAUUUCCGGCACUACAGCAGUCGCACACUAACGUGAUGAAUAGCAGAAAAAAGUCAAUCGAGUUGAAUAACCUGUGUCUAGAGAUAGGACGAGCUGUUAAAGGGCCAGACUAUAAUGCUCCAUCCGUCGUGAACAAUGAAAUCCACGAUCAGCUGAAAGUUCUCACAUUAGAAACGAAGAAACUGAAAAACAUGAAAAAACUGUCACUGGAUGAAUUCAAGCAAAUGACGGCUGAACAACGCCAGACGCAGGCUAUGCAACGCCGUCAGCUGACGGAGGCAGACCGUUCGCAUGAGUCUGCAGCAGAAGUGAAGGAUCAACCCGCAGAAGCAAAUGCAACUUCCAAAGAAGUAAAGGUAGUCGUAACAAAAGAUCAAGAAGAUUCUCGCUCUGUAGCGAAUAAGGAAAAGCCGAAACAAAACAACAAUGAAACCUCUGGCCCGGGAAGUAUGCAUUCGACAUCAGAGCGGCCGACUCAAGAAGCUCAAACGACUGUGGCCUGCGAAUCCCAGACCCGAUUCGGAAAGUAUACAUCACCUCUGGCGUCCUUCAAAGAUCAAAGUGCACUAAACAUUCCGGACGGUGUUAUCUGUCCCUAUCAGAUGCGUGGCGAAUGUGUUGAUCAGGACUGUAAAUUUGAACAUUUUCAGUAGUGAAAAGUGCAUUGUACCCUUGCUCCUCAGUUCCCACUAACAUUUCCCAACCCUUUCCACAGUGAGAUAGUUGCCAUCUUUUUAGUUCGAUUGUCUCAUCCCCGUUGCACGUGAUCGCACUUACGCUUAGUGAAUACUGUUUUGCGUUUCCCGUAUGAUCUUGAGUUUUUCACACUACUUGUGUUUUACCUUUUUUGCCAAAACACCUCACCAUCUUGCUAACGCAUCAACGGAAGGAACGUAAAAGAAAAAAAAACUCGUUAGUGGCUCGUGUGGAUUUAUCGUGAAUUGUAGGUACACAAGUUAACUGGAUAGCAGCGUGGCUGAUAUGUGAUAGAAUUGUAAAUCUAUGCGUGCUCAGUGCAACUUUUAGUGCAGUGAAUGUCUGUGUAUGCAGCAGAGACAACCGCAUCCAACGAACAGGAAAACGUAUUAUCUAUAGAAACUCGCGCGAAACACAAAUCGUACAAACAAUAUCUAUUAGCAACAUAGAGCAAACAAUCGCGUUGCUUUAUCAUGAAGAAGAUUUCAGUGAUUAGAUAUGCCAUAUUUCGUUUAGUUUCGUUUUUCUGCUUGUUUUCUUUUUUUUUCUUUCAAUUACGUCGGUUAUACAUCAGUUUGCAGUUGAUGCAAACUGACCACAUUAGGAUAGUUUAUAAUUUUGCGUUCUUGAGACAUACUUCGGUGGAAAUAAUGGUUUUACUACUGCUGCAGUGAUAGCAGAAUAACUCGUUAAGUUCAUAGCCGGUGAAAAACAAAAUAUCGAAUCGUUUUCGAUCCGAUGGGCGGUUACUUUUAAUUGAAUGUUAUCAAUGAAAAAAAUGUAUUAGAAAAAAAAAUGAGUUGAAUAAAAUCAGUUUAAG